AUGCCUGGAUGGUGCUCGUGCAAUAAGGGAACGGCAAAAGAUCUAACUGCCUACGAUCCGGUCACCGGCAACUAUUACCCUACGAAUAUCCAAGCUUGUUACACAGCUACAAAUGCUUGUGCAGCCUAUCCAAGUCCUUGUCCGGGUCUCUAUGCGCAAUGUGUCUUCCAUAUUAACAAUUUCGAGUGCCGAUGCCCGGAUGGGUACACUGGACCGACGUGUAAUCUAAUUUCCACCGACCCGUGUGACUCGUCACCAUGUCGAAAUGGUGCCACGUGUACAAUGAUCACUCCAUCACCGAGUCCGUCUUUCACUUGCACUUGUGAUCCGAAUUAUACUGGAGAGAGAUGCCAAUAUGUGAACACUUGCGUGAAGAACCCAAACCAAUGUCUGAAUGGUGGCACGUGUGUGAUGCUUUGGCAUGGCGAGGACUACUACUGCAACUGCACGUCGUACUGGCAGGGGCCGGUCUGCGGGGUGGCCACGUUGACAAAAGACGACUCCCUUAUGGACGAUUGCAUUCGAAUGAACGACUGGUACAAUGCGACGAAAGUCACAAACUCGGCUACUCCAUCGGUGGAUUGGUGCCGAGGCCAGACGCAAAGCGGGAUCUCUGCUGGAAAAGACUAUAAAUAUUACUGUCUUGCUGGAAAGGAUUGUCGAAUGUAUGACGCGUGGCUGUAUGGCAGUGGAGAUCAUUGUGAUCAAUCGGGUUGUGGAUGCGCGAAUUUGUGCAAUCUCGAGUCGUCGCCGAAAAAUGUCAGCUAUUGGGGUGCCAAUCAGACCUGUGGAGUCUCGUGGAACGGAGUCGGCGCUCGCGGGCCGUGCUAUGAAUACAGUGAUAUUGCCAACAACCCGUGCCCCAAUGGAAUGUGUAAGAAUGGAGGAACUUGUCGCAAUGCUACCGAUAUUUUCUAUUUUGAAUGCGAUUGUGCCCCCGGGUUUACAGGAUACGAUUGCUCAACUGCACUCAUUUGCCAACCACCCAAUCCGAACAAUUACCCGUGUAAAUACGGAGGAAUGUGCAUCGUUUCACCGGAUCCACCCGGCUACACGUGUGACUGUUUGAGUGGAUACACCGGAUCCCAAUGUGAAAUUCCCAAUAUGUGCAAUCCGGACCGGUGUGGCAAAUACGGAAAUUGCUCGAUUGUUGUGGAUUCAUUCAAUUCGACUUACAUUUGUGAGUGUGAUGAGGGAUGGACCGGGAAAUUCUGCAAUAAGACAAUCGAUUACUGUCAAUCACCACCGUGUCAAUGGGGUGGAACGUGUUCAAAUAUCUACCCACCGGCCGACCCAUUUUUCCUUUGCGCCUGCCAGCCGGGAACCUCGGGAACCCUUUGUGAAUUCAAUCCCGACGAUUGCCCGUAUAAAGAAAUCGAUGGAAAGUGGUACAGUAUGUGCAAUCAAACGGAUAAACAAGCUCAAUGCAUCGAUGGCUUCAACACGUGGCACUGUCAGUGUGGACCCGAUUACACCUCAAAUGACUGCAGUAUCCCAAUUGUUGUCUACAACGCCAUCGCUCUUAUCUUUGGCCCGAAUGCAGCCGUUGGACAAGAUAUUAUUGAGCUUUUGAAAGAUUUGCUCAGCAAUCCGACAAACAUCAAAGACAUGGUGCCGUUCGUCUUGGGACUAGAGACCGAAGAGGAUCGAGCCGACAAGAGUUGGGACUAUUCGGAUAUGUUUCAUUGGGUCGCUUACGAGGAGAAGACGCUCGUUUUGGAACGAGAUCUGUUGAAAUGGAAUGACGUCACACUGGGCAAUUGCUUCACGUUCAAUCACCGAAAUAACACCAAUGCUCAAUAUUUGCAUCGAAUCACUGGAAAAGCUGGAUCUCUUGAAGCGCUUUUGAGUGUGAACAGUUUGGAGACCUGUCCUUGGGUCGAUACGCAAGCGAUACAGGUAUUCGUCCAUCCGGCUGAAGAGGAUAUUUUCUCCGAGUCUGUCCGUUACAAUGCUCAACCGGGUGGGGAAACGGAGCUCUUUCCUGAAUUGACCGCUUACAAACGAUUGGGUGGUCGUUAUGGUGUCUGUGUAAACGAGGCGAGCCAAGUCGAGCAAUAUUUCUACACCGGUUCCUAUGCCACUGAUGGUUGUCUCCGCUCAUGCUAUCAACAAUCGGUCUUUGAGCGUUGCGCCUGUAUGGAUCCACGGUAUCCAAUGGAGAAGGGCGUUCAGCCUUGCGGAUUGCAAGAUCGAAAUUGUGUCGACGAUGUGACAAUCGAACGAGGAGAUCCGUCAAAAUGGAGUAAUUGCACUUGUCCAUUGCCGUGUGCCAACAGAGCUUACACAGUGUCCUGGGCGAAGACAGUCUUCUCUAAAGUUCAGCGAUGCGAUAAAAACGAUCCGAACCUGAACUACACGGCUUGCGAGAUCACAAUGAGGGAUGAAGUCCGCGUUCGUGUGAUUCUUUCCGAUUUCACAUUUCAAUUGUUCGCUGAGGUGCCGGCUAUGUCGUUCAAUUCCUUCAUCGGUAACCUUGGUGUUUGUUUUAUUUUCGACAUUCACCCAUUCACCGAACCGCUUCCUUGUGACGGCCCACAGCUCGACUCUUGGUUGUAUGCUCAGAUUUUGAAAAACCAUUCAAGAUUUUUGCGUAAAACCCCAACGCUUGGUGCGAAUCUUUGGAUCCCCGUGUUUGUGAUUGUUUCCGGCGGAGAUGAAAAGACGAUCAGAGAGAUAAAAGACACUUGGGCAAACAAUGAGACAUCAAAAUUGUUACAGACAGGUGAAUCCGAUGUGUUUUUUGUGAUUGGUCGUCGAAACUCCAGAACUCAUAUCGAUCGCUCAAUUGAAGACAAAAUUCUGGAAGUCGAUGUCGAGGAGAAAUAUACAAAUCUAUUGCUCAAAGAAUUAGUGGCUUUCCUUUGGAUCUCUAACCAGCUCAACAAUGGUUAUGUCUUAAAGGUUGAUGGAUCGGAUACCGUAGUUGCAAUUGAUCGUCUACAAAAGGUGCUCAAUUUGAAGCAAAACGAGCGUCGGCGGGCAAUCGAAUGCACGACUUGGAAAGAGAUCAAACCAAUUCGAGACCCGUGCUCGCCAUGGUACAUUCCGAAGCCGGCUUUCAAAUGGGAUGUGUUUCCGGAGUACUGUAGCGGACCGGCGUACUUGAUGCAAAUUUCGACAUUGCGCGAAAUCCUGGACAAAGCUAUUGAUUUUCGGCCGCUUGUUUGUGAAGACGCUUUCUUCACUGGAGUCCUAGCCGGAACCGCAAAAAUCCCCAGAAACGAUCGCGUCGACGUUUUUGACUCGAAAGGCUGCCAGACGACGGUGUUGAGUAAGAUUGGCUCAAUGUUACUGUCGAUCGAUUUGUCGAUGACUCACAAAGCUUAUUGUGCUUCAAAUGGUACGAAAAUCACCGCGGUGAUCAAUUUUCAUCGUUGCCGGAUAACUUGGAUGGAUGUUCGAGCGAAAUCUGAUGAGAUAGAGGCCAUUGGUUUGCAACUUGAAGAGAUCAAUCAGCAAAUUCAACAGUUGCAGCAACAACGCAAGACACUCAGGGAUCGAAGAGAAAAGCUCGAGCGUUCUUUGGUUCAAUCAAGUUCGAAGCAAGAUCCGAACGAAUGGGAGACGAAACAAUGCGAAUGGACUUCAAGGAUGGAUAUUCUUUUAAACGACGUAUUCAACAUGCAAUCAUUUCGACCACUUCAACAAGCGGCGAUCAACUGUGUGUUAAGUGGAAAUGACACUCUUCUUUUAAUGAGCACCGGUGGAGGGAAAAGUCUCUGCUAUCAAAUGCCAGCCAUCAUUGCGAAAGGUCUAACACUUGUCGUCUCUCCGUUGCUUGCACUCAUCGAGGAUCAGCUCAUUCAACUGCGAAAAUUCGGUAUUGAGGCCGCUGCAUUAAAUCAAUCAACAACUAAAGAAGAGUUAAGAAGAGUCGAAGAAGGGAUAACAAAGAGGAACUCAUCUUUUCGAAUUCUCUACGUCACUCCUGAAAAACUCGCAAAGAGCAAACGUUUGAUGAACAAAUUGGAGAAAAGCAAUGAAGUCGGAUUUCUAAAGUUAAUUGCAAUUGAUGAGGUGCAUUGCUGCUCACAAUGGGGUCACGAUUUUCGACCAGAUUAUAAAUUUUUGAACAUUUUGAAGAGACAAUUCAAGUCAGUUCCAAUUCUUGGCCUUACUGCAACAGCUACGGCAGCCGUGCUUGACGAUGUGAAAUCGAUGUUAGGAAUCCCUGGUGCUAUUGUCUUCCGAGCCAACUUCAAUCGCCCGAAUCUUCAAUAUGAAGUGGUAUCGAAAAAGACGGACGGCGAAUCUCUCGUUUCACUCAUCAAAUGUCGGUUUGCAAAUGAAACUGGAAUUGUGUACUGUUUCUCGCGAAAGGACACCGAGGACAUGGCGCAAGUUUUGAGAUCUCACGGCAUCAAAGCGAGCUGCUAUCACGCUUACAUGGAAAAUGAGCAACGAAAGAAAGUGCACAACGCGUGGAUCGACGGGAAACUUCUGGUGAUUGUGGCAACAGUAGCGUUUGGUAUGGGCAUCGAUAAGCCGAAUGUUCGCUAUGUGAUUCACUACUCGCUACCAAAGUCGAUCGAAAACUACUAUCAGGAAAGUGGUCGAGCGGGACGAGACGGGCAAUCAGCUGUGUGCAUCCUAAUGUGGAAAAUGCAGGAUAUGUUUCGACAGAGCACGUCGGUUUGCGCUGAAAAGCACGGUCUCGAAAAUCUUUACUCGGUUGUAAAAUACGCUACAAAUCGCGCUCUAUGUCGUCGAAUCACCCUAUCGGAGCAUUUUGAGGAAGAAUGGGAUCCUAGUUGGUGUCAACAAAAGUGUGAUAUUUGUGCUGGUGAACAAGCGUCUUGUGAGAUCGAUGCCUACGAAACUCUUUGUCACGCUGUAGAUAUAAUCGAAAAAGAAAAGAAUUCGAGCAAAAAGUCGUCAAGCGGGCGAAUCACUGGCGGGAAAUUGGUGGAAAUGUUGAGUAAGAAUGGAGAUGUACGAGAGACGAUUGAAGAAACAGUGGCGCAACUGAUUGUGAUGGGAUAUUUACGAGAAGACUUUCAUUUCACACCAUAUUCCGUCCUCAGCUACAUCGAGCCCGGAAUUCGCUUCAACACGAUGAAAAAGGGAGAGAAGAGCCGAAUAUCCAUCACCGUUCCACAUCAAGAGAAAAAGGCGGCCAAGAAGCGAAAACUGGACGAUGAGAUCGUUUUGGACAGCGAU